AUGAGGCGGAUGCUUCUGAGUCACACAAAUGGCCACGAGUAUGACUGGCUCAAUCCUGAUCUGGGGAAGUGGCGUGCAAGCCGCGGAGAGACCCCGUCUUGUGGACCGACUGUUGGGGAGAAACAUACCCUGCCGCUUCUCUACGAACCAGGCCCCAGCUUCAAAUAUGGCCCAGGAUCGGACUGGGCCGGCAAGGUCAUCGAGAAAGUAUCGGGAAAGAGACUUGAUGCCGUCAUGAAGGAGAAGAUAUGGGAUCCUCUGGGAAUAACAGACAUGAGCUUCUUCCCAAGAGAGAGAUCUGAUAUGAAAGAUCGCGUGGCGAACAUUAGCACGCUGACCGAGCAGGGUGAGGGGCCGGCGACGGAUGCUGGAGGGUUCGACGUCUUCGUCGAUGCCACAGACUGCCUGGGAGGUGUGGGCGCUUUCGCGAGCGCAGAAGCUUACUUUACCUUUCUUCAAUCCGUAUUGAAGCGCGACUCGAAGCUUUUGAGCGACGACUCUUGGGACGAGCUUUUCAGACCGCAGCUCGAUGAGAGAUGCAAGAAGGAGCUGAACGACUACCUCAAGUCUUCACCUCUUCACACGCAGCUUCUGGGUAUGGGUCAGCCUGCAGAUAUCGAGAAGCAAUGGUCGUUCGCUGGAAUGAUAGCCGAGCAAGGCCAGGAAAGACGUAUGAAUGCUGGGACAGUCUUCUGGGGCGGCGUUCCUAGUUUGACCUGGUAUCUCGACUUCGAAGCUGGGGUCUGCGGUGUGGCGUUCUGCCAGGUCAUCCCGCCGAUGAGCCCGCGCAUAUUGAAGCUGCAUGAAUUGUUCCAAAGAGCGAUUUAUGAGAAGGUGGCCGCCUGA